GUUCCAGAACAGUGAUGGGGAGGUCAAAUACUUGCGUGAUGCUGAAGAACUGAUUCGGCCAGAGCGGAACACGUUGAUCGUAAGCUUUGCGGAUUUGGAGCAGUUCAAUCAGCAGCUCUCUACCACUAUUCAAGAGGAAUUUUACAGGGUUUACCCUUACCUCUGCCGAGCAGUGAAGACUUUUGCCAAAGACCAUGGAAAUGUUCCUUCAAACAAGGACUUUUAUGUUGCAUUUCAGGAUCUGCCUACCAGACAUAAAAUUCGAGAACUGACUUCAGCAAAAAUUGGCUCACUGAUGCGUAUCAGUGGACAGGUGGUACGUACCCACCCAGUCCAUCCUGAGCUUGUAAGUGGAACCUUCCUGUGCCUUGACUGCCAGACAGUGAUUAAAGAUGUGGAACAGCAAUUUAAAUACACGCAGCCAAACAUCUGCAGAAACCCAGUCUGUGCCAACAGAAGGAGAUUCCUUCUGGACACAAACAAAUCAAGAUUUGUUGAUUUCCAAAAGGCUCGUAUUCAGGAGACGCAGUCUGAGCUGCCGCGUGGUAGCAUUCCUCGCAGCGUGGAAGUGAUCUUGCGUGCAGAAGCAGUGGAGUCUGCUCAGGCAGGCGACAAAUGUGACUUCACAGGCUCACUGAUUGUCGUGCCUGAUGUGUCCCAGCUCUCAACACCAGGGGUGCGUGCAGAAACCGGCUCCCGGGUGAGUGGGACAGAGGGCUAUGAAACUGAAGGCAUCCGAGGACUUCGCGCCCUUGGAGUCAGAGAGCUGUCAUAUAAGCUUGUUUUUCUAGCUUGUUACGUUGCACCAACAAAUCCACGGUUUGGUGGAAAAGAGCUCCGAGAUGAAGAACAAACUGCAGAAAGCAUUAAAAACCAAAUGUCUGUGAAAGAGUGGGAAAAGGUUUUUGAAAUGAGCCAAGAUAAGAACCUUUACCAUAAUCUGUGCACCAGCCUCUUCCCAACUAUCCAUGGUAACGAUGAAGUGAAACGUGGGGUCCUGCUGAUGCUUUUUGGAGGAGUUCCUAAGACCACUUCAGAAGGCACAUCAUUGCGUGGGGACAUCAAUGUUUGUGUUGUUGGUGAUCCAAGUACGGCCAAGAGUCAAUUUCUAAAGUAA